CCGAUGCUUUGCAUUGUUGCUCUGUUUGGUGUUGCGGCGGGCCCGUUGUUGCCUUUUGCUACCUUAUCACAAUUGUCUAUCGAUUGCUGGCCAUAUGUUAGCUUCUUCCUUCCCUCCCUCAAUCCCUCCCGGUGGGUUGUUUGGGUUAUUGCAAUCAAUUAAAAACGUAUGAAUUCUCGCAACGCGCAACCACAGUUGCUGCUUGACGGUUGAAUAUGUUUUCCCUUCAUUAGUGCUGAGUGCAACAUGUUUCUCGUAUCGCUUGGUUUCUAAUUGGUUAUUUUUUCUUCCAUUUUUCAUUCUAGGUAAGCAAUUCGAUUCCAAUUGUGGUUUUGUUUUCGGUAUUUACAUCGGAUCCAGUUGAGUUGGAUGGUGGCAGCAUCAUUGCAAACAUCCAAGUAAUCCAACAAGAACAUCGCAGUAAGCGAACAAUUCAACCACAGUCAACAGGUUCUAUUCUCCAAAAAUGAACUUCUCCAGAAUAAGAUAUCUUUUCCGCCGGUUUUUCACCACCUUCGAACGAAACUAUCCCACCCCGUACAAACUUCUUGCGGGCGAAAAGCGAACCGAGCUGCUGCUGCCCCGUGCGCUUCUGCUAGCCCUGUACGGACUGCUCGUGGGCUUCCUCUUCUACCGGCUCGUGCUAGUAAACCUUGACCUUCCCGACACCGUCCGCUUCUACUUCGGCCUGACGGUGGCGGUCGCACUGGGUAAGCGUCAAAAAUUUCCAUACAAUGAAACGGCUCACCAACUGGGCGUAUUUUGCUUAAUUUCCACCCCACUCGCAGCAGUCGGAUGUAGCUUUUCGGCGCAAGUUCGCUGCGUCUGUGCGCUGUGUUGGGUAGGGUUUUUUGGCAAAGCGGGACGCAAUCUGCUCAAAACGCUUACCCUCACCCUCCUGCUGACCGGUCCGAUCGAAAAUGCGUCCCUGAACGGGCGCGAAGUGGUGCGCGUUCUAACCUGCUCCGCCGAGCUGGCCUUUAAUUUGACGCUAACGCGCGUCGAUCUGAUGACGAAACCGUUUCAAAAUGCACUGCUCCAGGGGCGCGAUCGGCUGCCGGAGUUGAAGCAAGAGUUUUCCGCGAUCGUUUCCAUCGUCGAACCUAUCGUGCGGGAGGUUGAGCAUUCUGGCCGUGGUGGUGGUGGUGGUGAUGGAGGAGAAGACGGCUCAGACUCGCUCAGCAGCGAGGAGGUGAGCGCGGAUGGUGCUGGCAUUGAUGGGCCGAUUCGUUCCGCAGCCGCUUAUCAGCAGGCGUACGUGGCCAAGCUUAACGAGCGCUGCCUGGCCCAGCUAGCGACGGGCGUGGACCGGUGCAAGGCUUCGUUCGAGCGGUCGUACGACGAGUGUAGCGAAAGCUUGCCACCGCUCGUCAACACGCUGCUCUGCUGGCCGAUGAAGCUGGAUGUGGCCUGCAGCUCGGCCGAACUGUUCGGGGUCGGUGCCGUGUGCCGCAUGGAGGACGUGCUGGAUGAGGAUUUUGGCGCAAACUAUCGCCUGCUCAAACAGACCGAACACCAGCUGACGGGGGGUGUCGGUAGCAUCGAGAUCGAUUAUCAGGUGCCCGAUUUGCGAAACCAUUCCGGUUACGUAACCAUCAAGAAAGCGUCCAAACAGAUGGGGAAAGAAUUCAGCAAAAAGAAACACUUCCUCCGCUUGGUGAGCUACUUUGUGCGCAAAGUGUUUGCGUUCAUCUUUCUCCGUGUGAUCUUCAGCUCGGUCCGCUACCAUAAUGCUUACCUUUGGAGGAUCACUUUCAACAAUUUCUACAUCACGGAUCAGUUUCGAGCGCUCGCCGCUCGCCGUGUGGAGGAGAAUGGCUUCCCGGUGCUCCCUUUGCGGGCGAUCCAGCAAUCGGAGCUGAUCGACACGCGGGCAGGCAUUUGGAACAAGCUGGAACUGCGCCACAUUGUUGGAUCCUUCGCUACGCUGCUGUUUCAUUGCCUUUCGACGACCGUUCUGCUGCUGAUGGACGCACUGCUGUAUGAAACGCUCGACAUAGUGGCACGCCAUUCGCGCAUUGAGUAUCAUCAGCAAGGAUUUCAUGGCGUUAACGUGACGGUCACCGGUACAGGAGCACUCGCCGAGCUGGUGCGCAACACUGCCGAAGGAUUUCGCACAAACGAACGGCUAGAUUUCCACGCCUCGAACAAAGCGUGCCUUCCGCGCCCAGUGCCACUGUCGGGCUGGACCGUCGCCGGCAUUUAUGGAUUGUUCGCGCUGCUGGCCCUUCUCAUCACGACCGAAGCGUACAUCCAGCGGGCGCGCCGUCUCAUCUGCUCCUUUUUCUAUCCUGGCCGGGAGCAGCUGCGUACCGCUUACCUGUACAAUCGUGUCCUGCGGCAAACGCGCACCCUACAGGCGACGCUCCCCGAGCGCAUCUUACAGUUAGCGGGCAGUUGUGGCUCCUGCCGAGUGCUCCCGUUUUGUGACCGGCUCGCCUUGCAGCAUCCAAACUGGUUCGGCUGGACCCGCACCGGUCGACGGUGUGCGGUGUGUCGGGGCGCCGGAGCACCGCAGGAGUGUCAGCGCCCGGACUGCUUCCUUUGCUACUGUGCCGGCUGCUGGCAGGACAUCGAUCGGCAGUGUGUGGUCUGCGGCGGUCAGCCUGCCGACUGCUCGAACUGUUGCAAUCCGCUCGGCAAUCUGUCGACGGCCUUAAGCAGCGUACCAGACAGACAUGACGUGCCGUGACAUCCGCUGGCAAGUAUUUGACAGCACCGUUACGCACACACACACACGCGCAAUGUGCCCCUCGGGCUCGUCAAAGUUGGCCGGUACUUGCCACCGGUUGGCUCGUGGCUGGUCCCGUUUGGCCUUUUUGGAUCCGGAAGCAAUGUUCAAGCAUGGAAACUUCCAGCGCGCACACACACAAACAUACCGAUGCGGUGUGAUGGAAACUCAACGCAGCGUAACGGGCACAGCGGAACGGGCCGGGAAGGGUUUCCCCUUGCCCAGGCGGGAUCAUACUACAACACGGUCACUGACUGUGGACCGUGUUGGCCGUCGGCAGCAUAAUGAACACACACUUAAAAUAAUCAUCCCGAACGAACGCAGCAGCCACACAUACGCACACAUACACACACACACACACAUUACAUGAUCGCGGGCACGGGCGCGCCCGAGCAUGUGGGCUGCCUUGUUCGGUCAACUGACCGACUGCCAGGCAGCGGGAAAACAGAUCGGGAUCAGUAGCCCCGCGCACAAUUCGGCCAUUCGUAGUGUUGCGAUAUGAUCGCCGGGCUGCUUGGGGAAACGAUGAUGGUACUUGGCUGGCUGCGCGGAGAGCGAUCGUGAUGGGCGGCUAUGAAAUGGGCAUCAUUACUCAGAAGCUUGUUGCAUUACUUCUGGAGAAAGUUUCUUUGGUGCAAAUUGUGAUUCGUAUGGUUGAAAUAUAUAAUUUCGUUUAUUAUUAGAUAUUUAGUCUUUUGUAGUCGUUUUAGUUUACAUAAAGAAGUAAAUCUGUAAAUAAGCUGUUUAUCAUGUGUUUAGAUCACAUCCAAUCAGCAACUUUGUUGGAUUUUUUUUGCAUCCUUGGUUUAAUUUUAUUUAUCGCAUCGAAUGCCUUAUCUUUUAUGUAGUAAUUAUCAUCUGCUUAGAUCAAAUAAUUUAAUUUUUUAACAUUCAGUUACCAUUUCACUGACAACGUGAACUUUAUGCUUAGCCGAUCUCGUAGUACACUCGUCAACUCGUACGACUUAACAACAUGCCCAUCACGGGGUUCAAGUCCCGAAUGGACCGUUCUACCAUAGGUAGGUCUGAUUAUCCUGUUAUGGGUAAUCAAUAAGUCACUGAAAGCCAAGCCCAGUAGUGGUACAAACAGGUCUUGGCCGACAACUGUUAUUGUGCUAAAGAAGAAGAAGAACUUUAUGUUCAAUAAAAAGGGUAUUUUUUCUAACAUUUCUGUAACUAACCUUAGAACAUAGACGCCAGUCAUUACAAGCUACUUUUGUCGCGAAGUUAAUCAGCGGGAACAUAGAUCCUCGCUACCUGCUAGAAAAGCUGAAUCUUU